UUACAUGCACUGUGUGUCAUGCGUUUCAUCGUAAUCAGGUUUUAACAAUUUCUCCAUCGAUAUUUAAUUUUACGUUAAUCCGCCGAUUGAUGCAGUCGUCUGCAGCGUCGAUGCGCCCUUUGCUACGUGUUUUCUCUAUAGCAUCCAAACAGCAUAUUGACAUGAUCGAUCCCACUCUGAAGGUCGAGGUGGUGCUCUCGGUGUCCUUCCCGGGUGGCAUGCGUGACAAGAAUGACGUUGAUCUGCAAGAAACUGCUUUGCGAGAAACUUGGGAGGAGUUGAAGAUUCCCAGGGAGAAGAUCGACGUAUGGACCACAGGGAAUCUCAUCGGCAAGUCUGACGUUAAUGUGAUGCCAGUUCUAGCCUACAUCGGCGAGGUAGUACCGGAAGAACUGAAGAUCAAUCCUGAUGAGGUGGAAGAAGCGUUUGUGGUCAGCCUGCAAAAAUUAUGCGAUCCUAAGCUGAUUAGUUUCACGAAUUUCCGCCGACCACUUCUGACCCUGCCAUGUUAUCUGGGUGGAAAAUACCGUGUCUGGGGUUUUACUGGCGCUAUCACUCACAUGGCUCUCGAAUGCUUGGUGCCGCAAGUGUACAAAUACAACUUCUUGUCAAUACAAUCGAUGCAGAAGAAUAAAUCUGGAGACAAAGAAUCAGUUUCUUCCGAUUAUAAUGCGAGACGUUCGAAAAUAUGAAGAGUAGAAUAGAAUAAAAUGCUAGAGUAAGAUACGAGGACGGUCCGAUAAGUACUUAGCCUACAAAAGAAAAACGAAUUUGGAAAAGUGGCGAUUUAUUUCUCAACAUAGUCUCCUUUUAGCUCGAUACACUUGACCCAGCAAUGCUCCAACUUCUUUAACCCGUCUUAAAAAUACGUUUUCUC